CCGCUGAUUGUGUUUUGGCGCUAUACCUCCCAUCUCUUUCGCUGUUCUAUACUUGGCGGACGGUGUGGUGGUUUUAGGUGGUUUCCCUCUUUGUUUCAGAGCGACAACUUGCUGCUACAAUUCAAAGUUCGAUCAAAACUGGGCUGAGGACUGUGCGACUGCUACUAGUGGUUUUCCACCAUCGGUAGGCUCUGAGUUGGUGGUUUUUGGUGGUGCUCCUUUACAACAGACUAUGUAUAGAUGGGAUCCAAAAGCACACCAGAGCAUACGUCAUUCGUUUAUUUGUGUGCUCAAGGAUCGAUUUAGAGGCAUAAUGAGCGAUAUGAGGAAAAGUUCUAAAAACAAAGCUUUAAAGGCGAGGGAACGUAUUCCCGAUGACGGAUAUAAUUUUGAGAUACAAUGCAAAUAUCCGCCCAAUGGAGUGCCUCGUAGGAAAUGGGAACGUAUGUGUAUGUCUUGGAACACUAAAGAUUGGGAAAAGAAGUCCAAAGUAGGGAGAGAAAACCGGAAGAAUGACUUAUGUCGUCAUACAGGCGGGUCCAAAGGGUUUGACAAACACCGUCGCAACUUGGAAAAAAUAAAGGGUAAAAAGGUUGGAUUCGCGGAAGUAUUACUUCAUACCCACGCCACCAAAGAGUGUAAAAAGAGAUUAAAUGAUGGGGAGAUCAAUGCAAAUGACUAUAAUAAGUUACAGUUUGUUACCGAUCGUUCAAAACGUUCAUAUGUCUCUUAUAUGAAAAAACUUGAAAAUAAGUAUGGGAACACGGAUUGCGAUGAUAUGGAAGUGUGGGAGAGUCUGCAUCCCGAGUGUCAGGGUCGUCAGUUGUUUGGGGUAGGAUCUUCUGAUCCACAUUUUGUGUUGACUGGAACAACAUCUUCCACAGCUAGUGUGUCAGAUACCCGACAAUUGGAUGAGCUCCAAAAAGUUCAAGCUGAACUAGAAAAGGAACGAGAGGCUCGACAAAACAUUGAAGCCCGUUUUGAACAAUUUGAACAAGAGCGGGAACAAGAAAGGGUUGAACGUGAACGAGAGCGGGAACAAGAACGUGUUGAACGUGAACGAGAGCGGUCCGAACAUGCUCGAUGGCAGAAAUACAUGGAAGCAAAGUUUAAUAAAUUCGGAAAAAAGUAAUUUUUUUUAUGUAUGUUAAAGAUCAUGUUAGUUUUGUUACAAAAACGUGCAUUUUGUUUUUUAUUCUAA